GCACGUGCAUCUUCACUUCGCACGUGUAAGCCGGAUUUAGGGUUUUGCAAAACGCAUAAUAAAACCUUUCAGAAAAUAAUAGUGUUUCCUCCUACUCUGUUUCAGUCUCAUUCUUCUUUAGAGCGAGGAAGAAAACAAAGAAGAGACAGGGCCAUGGCAAGAAUCAAGGUUCACGAGCUAAGAAACAAAUCAAAAACAGAGUUAUUGAGCCAGUUGAAAGAUCUAAAAGCAGAGCUAGCUCUUCUCCGUGUUGCUAAAGUCACUGGUGGUGCACCCAACAAGCUUUCCAAGAUUAAGGUAGUGAGGCUAUCGAUAGCACAGGUAUUGACUGUGAUAUCACAGAAGCAGAAGGCUGCUUUAAGGGAAGCCUACAAGAAUAAGAAGUUGUUGCCUCUUGAUUUGCGUCCCAAGAAGACUAGAGCUAUCCGCAGACGUCUCACUAAGCACCAGGCAUCAUUGAAGACUGAGCGAGAGAAGAAGAGGGAAAUGUACUUUCCAGUGAGGAAGUAUGCCAUUAAGGUGUAAGGUUGGAUUCAUAGCGAAAGAUGGUCUUUUGUAUUACCUCACAAAACGCCAUGACGAAUGAUGUGUUUUUACAUUUUUUGAACUUUAAUUUUUGCCCCAAUUAAUAUUAUGAAUCACCUAGCUUUAUUACUAA